CCCUAGUGCCGCUAUUGCAAGGUAUAUUGCAAAAGAGUUUGCCCAAACGCGCUGCCAAAGCACAGAAUACUCAAGCCAAAGUACCAAAAAGCAAACCGGACCCGAAACCGAAACAAGCUGCCGAGAAAAGCACACACGCUCGUACAAAUAAACAGGGCUGUAGUCAUAGUUGUAGUUGUAGUAGUGAACGUAGUAGCGAUUUGUGUACUGUUAAUAAUUGCAACAAUAACAACAACAAACAACACAACAACAAUAACAAUAACAAUAACAGUAACAGUAACAGUAAGGACAGUAAAACCGCCACGAACGACAUAACACACGAGAAAACCACACAGACGAACACAGAGAAACAAACAAAAACAGAAACAACAAGUGACACUAAUUUAAAUACAUCUCUAGACACCAACACAGCCCAGCCGACAAUGACACGUGACAUCGUUAUGCCGAAGAGUGCCGCGCAGAGCGGUAGUGGCAAUAAUAAAAAUAUUCGCUCCAGUGACAGCGCCUCAAAGCAGAAACAGUUAGAUAGGUUAAGUGUUCCGCAGAAGGAGGACUCGGGUACGGAAAGUGGAGAGGACUUGCGACUUAUAGCCGCAGGUUUGCGUGAUAGUUUGCAAUUGCAAAGUGAUACGAAUUUAAUUGAGGAGGUCACCGCCGCCUUGACCCGGCUGGAGAUGUCGCUGAAAGAGGGUAAGGAUAUACCAGUUGAUGGUAGUAAGCGUGAGGCACUGCUGGCUUUGGUGGCACGUCUACAGACCGGUCUAAGUUCCCCUGACGCUGCUGUUAACUUAGCAAAUAUUACCGGUAAUGGUGGGCCGUUCGAUGAAACCUCCUCACCGGAGGCUGACGGACAUCGCUCGAAUCGGCAACGUUUUGCACGACGACGCAAUCGUAACAGUCGCCAUACGGUCGGCGUGAGUCGCGAGGAGUUGGCCGAUGCACGUCGGUAUAUGGAAGAUAUGCAGCUAAUUGAGAAUAUAUCAAACUGUACGACACCGGAAAGUGGCACGACGGCAAAUCCGACUACACCGCCACAAUGGUUCCCUGUUGAAAAGAAUCCUUCGUCCGGCGCUAUACUUAGCAGCAACUCCUCUUCGACACUUUAUCGCCCGAAUCAGUUUGUACCCACACAACUUGAAGCCACUAAAGCGUUUGUGAAUGGUGGCGAUACGCAAAUAAUACACAGAGAAAAGGAAGGCCAGAAAAGCAAACGGCCCACUUCGGGUAAUUUUUCUGUUAGUUUUCAGCCAAACACAAAUGAUGAACAAUCCUAUGUGGAUGCUAGUCAAGUUCAACCAGCGGAUUAUCAUAUGAACGGUAAUGUUUCGCCCGACUCUAGCUAUAAGUCGAAUCGUUUCACAAAUAAGAAACAACUUAUGAAACGCGCGAACACCAUCGACAUACCAAAGUCUAAGAAAUAUAAUCCCGACUUUGACACCGACUCAGAGCAGGAGGACAAAGCGCCACAAUUGGGCUUGAAACGUGCGCUCCAAGUUAAUGUCAAACAUAAGAUACGCAGCGUUAUACCGCCGUUCGUGCCGAAAACCGAAAAUGAUCAUAAAUUUUUGGCGUUCAUAAACAAACAAAGCACCAAGCCUGGUCUCGGUUGGACGGGUUCACGCUCCGUUUCGAAUUGGACCAACAAAUUCGGAAAUAUAAAACACACCUUCGAAGUGGGCGCCGCUGCCCAGGUUACAACGGGCAAACCGCCACAAGCCCCGGGCCAUGUGCCACACAAUGCGGCCAAGAACUAUUGGCAGAAGCAAGUGGCGACUCAGGACCACCAACAACAACAAUAUUUACAAUACCAACAGCAGCAGCAACAACUACAACAGCAACAGGUACGCCAGCAACAGCAAGAACAGCAACAAUUGCUGCGUAGCCAACAAGAAGCGAACGAUCGUCAGCGUCGUAUGGCGGAGAGAGAGCGACUCGAACGCGAGCGCAUCGAGCUCGACCGCCUUGAGCGCCAACGCUUGGAGCGCGAACGUCAGGAACGUGAUCGACUCGAGCGUGAAUACUACGAAAGAGAGAUUAUGGAGCGCGAGCGCUUAGCAGCGGCACAACAUGCCGCCAUGCCCAGCAUGACGGUGCCAAAACCCGCGCCGGUAAAUAAAUUUCAACAUGCGCCCCAAUCGGUAUUCCGUCCUAUUGACAAUAAUGAGACACAUAAUCAUAAUAUUUUCAAGCCCAUACCACAACUGCCACAGAAGGUAAAUACCUGGCAGCCACCGUCCAUUAGCAACAAACCCCUUUCAGCACCCGUGCAAUUAACACCUGUUUCACCUCAAUUCCUGACUACAAAGCAAUCAGUGAAUGGUGCGCAGGUGACAUCACCUUCAUCAACCGCUUCAUCGCCCAUAGGUUUGCCGUGGGUCGCCAAGCCCGCUGUGGACAAUAGUGAUUUCAGAAAGAAAGCGCAUACUUUUGAGGAACGUUCCCAAAAUGAUAAUCGUCAAAAUUCAUAUUUGCAGAGGCAUCAUUCGUUGCGUUCCCCGAAGAAUAGUCAACCGCAAAUGGAAGAAUAUAGGAAACGGCCGUCGUUGCCGAGCACCGCUGAUCCCUACAUGGCAUCGCAAAGUCAAUAUGUACCACAACAACAGCUCCCAGCCAAACCGCAAACACAACAAUUUUACGCGUCAACCACGGACGUACAUGUGAUGGCGCCACCACCGCCCACAAAUAUCUCCUUUACCUAUGCAGACUUGGCUCGCAACAACAACUACAAAAGCUAUCCAUGCCUGCCAUCGGCGAUUGAAACGUCAAUUACUGCGGAUUAUGUGCGACAACGUGAGAGCUCAUUGACCGACCCGAAUGCAACACCACUCGUACUAACCAGCUCGAAUCCUACUUAUGAACCGUUGACAGAUAACCGGGUGCACCACAAUCAUGCACCACCGCUAAGGCAGUUUGAUUAUGCAAGUCCGAUGGAUAGUGCGCCCACAAGCCCCAGCUGUUUGACAAUGCACCAAACUGAUUACACCGACGAUGACUUGGAUUCGGACAAUCUCAUGGAAUACCGUGCGGAGACUAGGGUCAUGGCUAAGCCGCAAAGUCAAACCGCCGUUACCGUACGUGACCGACGCACAGCACAUGCGAGUGACGAUGAAGUGUUCGGCAAGAACUCACGAAAUGCUCAGAGCUUAUUGCACACAAUGAGAAAUAUAGGCAAAAAUGGUAACGGCGUGGCAAAGGUUAAGAAGGAGCCAGUGCGAAAGGUGGAAUCACCAAAAGUUUGCUUAUCUCCUGAUGGGCGAGCUUAUCAAGCACCAAUUGUUGAACCUUUGUUCCCGGAAAUAACCAAUUUCGAACCUAAUCGUACUCCAGAGUACCUUGCAGACACAAAACUUAAAGCCCAAACGCAAAGCAGACAAAAGAAGUCGAGACCAAAGACACCACCAAUGCCCAGUCAGCAAAUGGACCGAAGUCUACAGUUGGCGCGUGCUGAGGAGAAAUAUCGGGCUGAACAACAGAAAUACUUGGAAAGUAGCAAAAACUCGAAAGUGAGUAAAGCACAACCCAAACAGCAGCAGCAUCCCCAACAACCGCCAAAAGCACAGUAUCAGUCAGCUAGUGUAUCUCAAACAUCCUUAUCCAAUUUGCAGCCUUACGUAAGUGAAACACAAACUGCUUACGUGGUCACUUAUCCCACGGAAGAUAUUCACGAGAACAAUGUCUACGGUAAACAGCACCCCACGUCGUUACCGUUACAACGUAUCCGAAAUAUGUCGGAAAAUUCUUCUGCUAGCUCAUCAAUAUCACACAACUUACCUUCGCCCGGCACCAAUUGGACGCCGAACCCUAUUCAUGCUGUGGAUGAGAUAAUACCGCAUAAACAAUCCAAGCAAACACCCCAACCAACUAUAGACCCCAACAGCAUACCGAAGAGUGCAUACCAAUCUCAAACGUAUGCGCCAUCACCCGCGCAAACAACGUCCUACGAGGGUGUAGGCAGCGCCCCACAAACUAAGCCAAAUGUAACCCCCAAACCUGCCGCACCAAACACGCAAUACACACCGCUGCAACAGUCUCAGCCAACACAAUUCGUUAAACUGCCCAACCAAAAGCCUCCUUCUCAGCAGCAGCCACCAGUUCAAGCAAAACCUCAACAACCGCCACUACAACCACUAGCACAACCGCUGUCGCAAACGAAUGCCGUAGCGCCUAGGCUGACAACACGUAGUCAGAAAUUAUCGAUGACAUCUCAGCAACAUCAAUCCUUUGAGCAACACUACCAGCCACCGGUAUUACCCAGACAACGCACCUUUGACUCGCCAACGACGCCUCUACAAGCGCAGAAUCGCGUACUGUCGCAACAGUCGCUGGUCUCUAGUAAACAGCGCCAAUUUGAGCAGCAUCAACAGCCAGAACAACAACUGUUGAGUGAGAGUCGUCGCAAGAGUCUUGGCAAUGUGUAUGACGUGCAGCAACAGCAAAGGAAGGCCGCUUACAUGUCCGAUACGAAGACCGUAGUCAAACAGGAAUACAAGUCUUCGGCACCACCGGAUACGCCAGAUAUCGUUAAGUCCUCACUACCCAAAGAGGAUAUGCCGAUAUUAAAGAAGUUCGGGCCACCACAGCGCCAUCACUACAUACCGAAUUCAUAUCAGAGUCCCACGACAAACACACAAACCCAAAAAUUCGAAAGCAGUAGCAGCAGCAGCAGCACUAAAGUUAUCAAGAACACGCAACACCAAAUAGUCCAGCAUUCGACGUUGACUAAAAAGCCGUCGAUUGUUGAGAUACCCGCCACACCACAGCCCGACGAAGAUCUCAUACCGCGUAAUAUUGUUUUCAAUAAUAUCAGCGCCUUUACUUCACUGUCGCGUCGACACGAAGAAAGUGAUCAUGCACACGCUGAGUCCCAACCACGAACGGCUAAUCGUUUGAGUAAAAGCGAUUCAUGGAACCAAAUUGUACAAAUGCAAAACCAAGCGAAUGCACAAUUACCGCCAACUUCGCCGAAGCUCGGCACUAACGGUGGUGGUAGUGGUAGCGAGUUGCGUCGCACCAAGUCCGGCCACACAUUGAAUGUGCGCAUGUAUGAGGCGGGCAUUGACAAAUCACAGGUCGGGGAAAAACAGCGCACCGUUGAGGCGUACUUCACCGGAAAGAAAUCACCCAAUCAAAUCGGUAGCGGAGAAACGGUGGAGUUGAGAUCGGCGGUAGCAACGGCGAUGACGACAACAACUGCGGGUGCAAAAAAAUCCACGAUUAACCGACAUAAGACUAGCGAGAAGAUUUCAGCGAGUCGCAAAUCGCUGACAACAAUGACGAGUAAUGGCUUGCCAGCAGGUGCAGCCACAGCAGCGGCAACUGUGUUAGGCGGUGGGUUGACACGAAGCGCAACAAUGCCGCAUAUAGCAAGUUUAAAUCUGCUCGACGAGAGCAACGUUGAAGACGCGUUCGAGCAGCUGAUGAUGGGCUCGUAGAACGCAAGGCACGCAAGCUGAGCUGGGGUCACACACGUGCCAAGCAUUCCAAGUUUUUUUUUUUUGUU